GUCAGCACAAGUGUAUAUUUUGCCACACUGCAGAGCAAAUGUUCGACAAGAACUGCUUGUAUAACAAGAAAUACCUGGACUGUGGGUAAACGCCUUUUACCUUAGGCUACCACUCCUCCAACCCCUGUUGUUGUGUUCUAAAGAAUGCUCUCGUUGACGUUCUUUCUUUUUUUAUGCUGACACUUUUGUGUACUUAUUCAGCGUCUUUUUCUGUUUUUAUUCUAAAACAAGUUCUCUGUCCUAAAAGACCAAAGAAAUAAUCAAGGGGAACACAGGAUAGAAUGUGGCAAGACAAAUCAUCUCUGCUCUUGUUGAUUAUUGUAUUUAUGAUAGGCCAGGGGUUCCAGACAUCUUUCAGACCUCAGAAAUGUACACUGCAGUGUGUUUGCCAGGGAUCCCCAGGAUGUGAGUAUUGCAGAAUCAGCAAAGGUGAUGUUGAAACUACACUUGGAGUUAACUCUGCUGGUCUCUUUGCACGUUGUAUGCCAUGGCUGUGUCAUUCUUUUUUAGGUCUGCAGAAUCCUGAGAUCUGCCAGCAUUAUGUGCAUGCUCCGCAGAAUGUCACCAUUGAGUUUAUGGAAAGUCAGAAUCCUAAGUAUGAUACUGUUGUUGUGUCUUGGAGGCCUAGCCAAUACGGUAUUGUUUUUUUGCGUGGUUUCCUAGUUUCCCUCCAGACUUUAGGUGGCACUCAGAUCACAUGUCAGCUCUUCCUCCUUCAUAACAAUAUGUCACUCUCCGCUGUGCAUGCUCAAAGGGUGUAUUACUCCGAUCCUUUCACAGAUCUCUCUCUGGGUACCCAGUACGCUGUGACUGUGAUGGCCCUUCCAGUUCCUGAGAUCUGGGACAAAUUUUAUCAUAGCAAAUUGUUCUUCACACGCUCGUGUCCUGAGAAAAAUGGCUUGGAGCACUGCAAAACAGACUGGUAUCCCAGAUAUCUAGAAGUCCACAAGGACAACAAGGAUAUUGCUGUGACUUUUAACUUGGCACCUAAGGAUUUGGAAAUCAAUCGCUAUUUAUUAUCAUGCUAUGGAGGGGGCUCACGCAGCUUUGAAAUUAUUCAACCAGACUUCACUGUAAACAGCACUUAUCAUACAUACCGUUUGCUCAAUCUCCACACAGAGACCAACUACACUUGUGAGAUUGCAGCAGAUAUUGUGGAUGCUGUUAGGAAAACUUUCUUUGUUCAAGUACAGCACAAUGUAAAAGAGCCUUUAACUUUACACAAGGAGGUUGUCUCUUUAGCAGUACUCUUCUCUGUGGGUGUUCUACUAGCAGCCUCCUUAACUUUCAUCUUUGCUAUUCACUGGCAGAAAAAACAGAAGAAAAAGUCAGCAAAGACUGAGAUUCCAUCAGACAUAAAUGAGGAAUAUUAUGAUGACUAUACAGAGCAUCAGUUUGUACCAGUAGCCAACAAGCCCAAUCCUCCGCGACUCCUGAUUUGCUACUCAAGCAGUGACGGUUCUGCCCAUGUAAAGGUUGUCUUGCAAUUGGCAACGUUUGUGCAAAAGCAUAUGGCUACUGAGGUACAUUUGGAUAUGUGGGAUGCCUUAAGUAUGACCGAGGAGGGAGAUUUGGGGUGGUAUUGCAGGAAGAUAAAGGAGAGUGACUUUGUGCUCGUCAUCUGCUCCAAGAGUCUCAACAAGAGACAGCAUAAACACAGAGAAGAAGAAGUGGACCAAAAGACAAAUACCUCUUUAGCCAUUAUAGCCAUAAUUGGAGAAGAGAUAUUACGUGCCAAAUCUCUAGGUCAGGACCUCUCCAAAUACAUGACUGCCAUUUUUGAGUAUUCAAAGAAGUCAGACAUCCCCACCAUGUUAAGUUUGGCCUCUCAUUAUACUCUUCCAAAGGAUUUGCCACUGCUCUUCUCUCAUCUCCAUGGAGUGGCUUUACAGAAGCCUGGAGGUUACCUACUGAUAGAAAACAUCUCAGAGAAUGGCUACUCUAAGCUCCCAGCUGGUGCAGCAUUACUACUUGCUAUUGAAGACGCACGGAUACUGAUCUCUGGUUUGUAACCAUCUGGAAAGAUAAUUGAAGAUCUGGGCAUAACAAAACUACUUGAGAUAAUCGGACACGAAGACCCAAUUCUGACCUGCUUAUCGUGUAGGUUUUUCUAUUCAAAUCAACCAAAGAAGUUGUAAUCCUAUCUGCACCUUAAAGGUUAUGGGGGUUAAAUAUUGCCAAGACAGUAUUCUGAGAGAGACACUUCAUGUUUGACAAACUGUCAAACAGAUGAUGGUUAUAGACGGUUAUAGAGCUUAAUACCUGCGGCUUCUUUUAAGUUAUUUUUUAGAUUAAUCGGAUGGGGCGGGGCAAACUUUCAGUAGCAUUUUUUUUGUUUAUUGAAAGUAAAAUCCACCAACCGAGUGUUACAAAUAUAAACUUCAAAAUAAAACUUUACACAACUGUUUGUCCAAAACAGAAAAGAACCCAACACACACACCCCAGAACAUAUAUUAUUCAUUUAGGACUGUAGUUUAAUUCGGUGCUUUUUGUGCAUCCAUAAAAAUAAUGCAUAAAUUCUAUAAAAAAUAAUAUCCGUAUUAUAUAUAAAAUGUAUUUUAUAGUAUUUAUGCAUUAUUUUUUAUGGAUGCACAAAAAGCACAGAAUUAAACUCCAGUCCUAAAUGAAUAAUAAAACACUUUCACUGCACCGUGUGUCUCUGUGCCUCGCUGUCUUUAGACAUAUUUUAUUUCUGAUCAUAGUGUUUUAAUGAGACAUUACAGAUCUUACUCGCUACACUCUGUAUCACUGCGUCUACACCGCGCGUGACCAGCAACGCGGCCUCGUUACUAACACGUCACUUCCGUUACAAUAAACUACAGAAUUUACACUGCAGGCGCGCAGAUGCAACAUAUAAUCACAAUAAACUUAAAUUAAACUAAACCUUUUAAGCAGCUUGCACCAGUUUCCCCUGACCCUUACACGCAGUGGAGUAUUUUGGAUAUAAACACAAGUUUGUGCUCGUGCAUCAGUUUGAUUUCCACAGUGUUUAAAUGCCCCCCUGCCUUGGAGGACUUGGAGGUUACACACGUUCUUCCUCAGUCACGUGAUGAUUUCUCCUCCGUGUGUUGCUGUUGAUUUCGAUUAAAACUGUAAUUAAUUUGCUCUUUUCGGUCAUAUAAUAUAUUUUGACUUAUUCUACUCCUUGUUUGCAAUUUUAACUUUGUGGCACGUUAAGAUGUCUGGAAAGAACAUGAAAACCCGUGGUAGCAUUCAGACACGACUGAGACCUAGUCCCCUUCUCCUCUGAAUCCGCGUCCCCGAGCGGUGACCCUGCCUUCACCGCACUCAGGCUCGAGCUGCUGGCUUCACUGAGGAAGGACAUCGCCGAUAUUUUUAAAAAGGAGUUUCAGGCGAUGUUCAGGGAAGCGCUGUCUACUGUCCAGCUUGACCUGCAGGCGGUGAAGACACAGCUGGCUGGUGAUAAAGUCGGUACCGAGGCUACCCUAUCAACACUGAAAGGUACUGUUGGGGAAAUGGAGCACGCGCUCUCCGGUUGCACCGAUGACACAGUUCAUGAAGACUACUAUCGAGUCUCUCACUGCGACCGAGACUCAGUUACAGAAUAAAUGUGAGGAUUUGGAGACGAGGUCACGGCGCAGUAACGGUAGGAUAGUGGGCGCUGACACCUGUACAACCGCUGCUGUAGAAAAAAAUCCGCUGCGGAUUAAAGUGAGGGAUUUGAUCAUCUCCGUGUUCCCGGACUACACAGCCAAGACCGCCCGAGCCGCGUUUAAAGAGGUCGGCGUCAACCUCGUGGUAUUGAGGGCGCGCGCUGUGGAAUACUUCACCCAGCUCGGCUUCGCAUUACAUAUAACGGUGUUCAGAAGGACUUUAUUUCAGCGGAGGAAGCAGGAGACUAUGUUAAACUCUUGAUAUCGGGGUGAACUGCAUCACCUACACAGCGGAGUCUUUUUCGCUCUUCUAUUAUUUUUCUUUUUUGAACUCGGCCUUCCAGCUCUACAGAAUUCGGAUUCUUAUUGAAGAUAUUGUCGUUGCAUUACUUCACCUAGAUUUUGUGGACUCACUCCUCUUAAAAUUUACUCCUGUGUUAAUGUGCUUCUCUGUUUCGAUGCUCUGACCGGGUUAGAGUUUCUGUUUAUUUAAUUUUAUUAGUGUUAUCUCCCGGGCUUUACGUGCUACACUGUUAUAUUAUUUGUUACAAGUCUUUAAAAGUUAAGGACAUUAUAUUUAUUAUUUAUAGACUGUUUAUCAGACUUGAAGUCAGUAGGGGUUUUUCUCUUACUGGAACUUUUUGUCUUGGUAAUUUUGUUGGUUAGUUCAGCUUUACUCUCUGAGUUGUUUUCACAUUGUGGACAACGUUAGGUCUCUGUAGGAUACACUGCUGUCUCAUUUGUUUAUGGAGACUUUGGGUGUGGGAGUUUGGAGGAUUGUGAGAGUAAGCAGAACAUGCCAAUGCUUUGAAGGAUGUGAACUGGAACAGAGUAAUGUUAUUUAAUUGCGAAUCUGUUUUUAGAGGAUUUAAACCUAACAUGGUGAACAAAUUAUAUUAUAGAAUUCAGGCAGUUUUACUGGGGUUAUCUCGUACAGUGUAGCAAGUAAUAAUCUGGAAAGACCUUUGUAAUAUCACAGUCUAAAACUGGAUUUAAAGAGAAGCAAAUCAGUAAAUGAAUCACAUGUAAAUGAAUCACAUGAAUAUGAAUAACAUGAAAAUGAAUCACAUGAAAAUCAAUAAAUAAAUUAAAAUGUAAAUUACCACAAUUGACAAAAAAGAACAAUAUUUUAAUAAUUUGCUGUCCUGCAUACAGCGACUUAUUGGUUGCUCUUGGUUAUUGGCUGUAGUGACAUAUUUAUUAAUAUAGGCCUAAUAUCAAGAUUAAUUUCAUGAUAUUAAUAUCAGAAAAUAAAACACAUUAUUAUUAUUACAUUAUAUUAUUAUAGUAGCAGUAGUAGUAAUGGUCAUUUUUGGGGGGUAAAAUUAUUAGAUAUGGAUUCAUGUUAGUGCUAAAAAAUAAAGUUGCGAUCCUGAUUGAGGUGUUGUACAGCCGACUGGUGCAACUCUCCUACACUGCACCCAGAUGAUGUCCCCUGACUAGCUAACUCCAUUCAAUUAAAUUUUAUUUGUAUACCGCUUUUUAUAAUGGACAUUGUCUCAAAGCAGCUUUACAGAGACAUAUAAACACAGAAUACAGAUUUUAAGUGUGUGAAUUUAUCCCUAGUGAGUGUGGCGACGGUGGCGAGGAAAAACUCCCUAAGAUGUUAAGAGGAAGAAACCUUGAGAGGAACCCGUCCUCAUCUGGGUAACAACGGAUAGUGUGAAAGUGUGAAAGUUCAUUAUGGUUUUUAUAUGAAGUCUGUUUGUUGAACUAGUCCACUGUUCACUAAAGGAGACCUGAGUGCAAAAUUGUAUGUGGUAACUGCAGUCCCAAGGACAUCGCAGCAAUAAUAAUCCAGCCGCCACAGCGAGAAUGCCCAAAUGGAAUUGAGGUCCAAAACCAUUUCAUGGUACUUCAAGCGGUACCAUCCUAAGCAAUCUCCAGGGUGUAGUCUCCAGUUGAUGAGAACUCCAUCCAGAGGUAGGGCAUCAGGAAGGAUCAGGCAGGUGCAGAGAAGAGAAAGAGUCAGGAUCACUGGCAUCUCCAUAAAAUCAUGUGCGGCUCGACAGAAGGAGCGAGGGCGGUAAAGAGAUUGUUAGGUAUGCUAUGAUGGAUAAGACUGUGUACUUUGCGUAAAAGAAAGUCUAUUCUAUAUGUAGGCUUGAGUAAACAAAUACAGUUUCAGCCUUGACUUAAACACAGAGACUUUGAGUCCUGAAGUCUAACAUGCUGUCUUGAUUGUUUUAUAUUCUUUGUCUUUUUAUAUCAUUCUUUGUCACAGUGUUCUUCUAUUUCUCCAUCCAUCUUCUAUACUGCUCAUCCUUUUCAGUGUCAUGGGGGAACCUGGAGCCUAUCCCAGGAAGCAUCAGGCACAACGCGGGGUACACCCUGGACAGAGUGCCAAUCCAUCGCAGGGCACUUCUUCGAUUUCUAUUUGUCUAUUUUACAAAUAUGACUUGAUAUUUGUUCACUGCUACUUCAAAUUAAUAUGUUUAAAUAGCAUUCAUGUAUUGUGUUAUAUUUUUAUGCUAGUAUGUAUUAAAAAUUGGUCUAACCAUCAA